AUGCGCCUGUGUGCCAAUCUGCUCUUGAUGGCGGUUCCCCUGCAUCUUUGUUUCAGCGAGGUGGCCCCGAUCCCUCCGAAGAUGGUGAACCCGUCCCUUCGUUCGGCUCCUUUUGCUGAUGCUGGUGCACGCAAAGUCGCCCGAUCCCUGCGAGAGCUGAAUGCGGCGGCUGGUAAUGGCAAACUGCCGGAGUCGGUCGCCGGGUUCGCAGGACAUGUCAUGCCGGCACAAGCCUCUAACGAUGUCUCGGGGGCAGUCCAACGGGCAAAACUGAAGGAAGAAGCCAUGUGGGCCGAAUACUUGGCUGCGCCGUAUGUCAACCUGCCUCUCGAGACCCGUUUGGAACUAGAACGUAUUCCUUAUGGCCAGAAGCCCAAAGAUUCGACUCCGGAAAAGUAA